UCUCAGUUUUUUUUUUAAGUUCAAGCUGAGUACAUUUAACUUAUAUCCUUUCUUUCCUUUAUAAAACCGAUCGACUCGACAAACAUUAAGGGCGAUUGGAGUGGACACAGCACAAAAGACAAAGAGAAGGACAAUCACACUUCUCGCUGUCCAGUUGAACUGUGAAUAAUCCAUCAUCCACUAUUGAAUGAUAGKGUAAAACGUCAUUUACUGGAAAUAUAUUCUUGGAUUGUUUGACAAGGUAUAGAAAACUGGAAACCUGACAAUAUCAAUUUUAAAAGUCGUAGCUCUCUGCUCGUAUCAUAGGCGUAUGAUUUUUGGCACCUUCUUUGCAUCGUCUUUGGAUUAAAGUAGCCACUGUGUUAAGUGGAAAUACGGGAGUGAAAGCAAGAAAAAACGAAGUAUUUUACACUUUCGAAUUUGAUUGUUUAAGACAUCCGUAGCUCACUUUCCAGACAAGCUGUAAAUUCUGCACUGCAGGUCUCAGAGUGCUUGAAUGAAAAGUGCAGGAUAUCAGAGAAAGAAAAAUAACAUUGAUUAUUUGAUUUUUCCACGGCUUGGAGUGAACAUAAUUGAAAAUCGAUCACAUGAUGUUCCAAGAAACUGAAAAAACGAGUCAAAUUUGACAGAGCGAAAAUAUAACAUUUUGGUUUUCAAAUUGUGUAAAUAAGAACUAAUUGUGCCACCAAUCUUUUUUCAAUCUUCUUCAAACAAACACAGUUAAGUAAGUGUAACUCAAGGAAAUAUAAUAGCUAAACAGUUAGGCCAUAAAAACGGCAACGAAAUGGCACUUGUCACCGCCGACGCUAACUGGACGAGUCUUCCAAGUCCUGUUGAUGAUAAAUGUGUGGUUCCAUUUGCUCAGGGGAUCGCCAUUGCUGUYAUCAACCUAUUACUAGUUAUAUUAGGAACAUGUGGAAACCUUCUCAUCAUCUUCGCUGUUCUCAAAACKCCUCGGUUGCGCAAAAGAGUGUCCAAUUUCCUUCUUUUGAGCCUGGCAGUGGCGGACUUGUUAGUGACUGUACUUGCACAACCUUUGCAUGCUAUUUCAAUGUCGUUUAAGACAGUUGAACAACGUUGCAUCCCAGAAGUAGACUUUGCGUACGAUAUCGCGGGGAAUUUCUCUUUCUUCUGCUCAGUCUUCCAUCUGUCAGCGAUAAGUAUCGAUAGGGCGCUUGUAGUCACAAAACCUCAUCAGCACCAUGACAUGAUGUCCAAAAGAGGCUUGAAAAUCAUGCUAUCGGUUUGCUGGGGAACAGCGGCGGCGUAUGUCUGUCUUCGAGUGCCCUUCGCUUCCACUUUGAUGCUAUCAGUUGCAGUUCUCGUAGCGAACUACAUCAUCAUCAGUGUUUCCUAUUCAGUGAUUCUCUACCACAUCACACAUGAGAAGCCCAUUGAUCCACUAGCUCCAGAGUCGCGGGCUGCCUCGAGAGACGCUCGCAUAGAGAGACGAGUUGCGGGAACAAUAUCCAUAAUCAUCCUCUUCUUUUCCAUAUGCAGUCUUCCUCUUCUUGGUGUCUACAUCACUGCCAAGGAAGGUGUACUCAGGAACAUGGGGAGCAUCACAUAUAUGUGGGUUCGUACGUUGGCGUUGUCAAACUCGUCCAUGAAUUUCAUCGUGUACAGCUUUCGUAUCCACCAUUUUCGUGCCGCCUACCUGAAGAUUUUAAGARGCAUAUGUCAAAAACCUAGACGUCUCUUUAUUAACUCCAAACCCAGCAGUUCUUGUGGUUCUACAUUGAGUAGAAAUAGGAAUAUGAUGGAACUUGGCUGCCCUACUGAGGGAGGAAAGACAACCAGUUAUAAUCUGAAAAGCUCUAAUACAGCUAGAUUGAGCAGCAGCUGUAAAAAUGAAGAUAGUUGCAAAAAUAAUGAUCAACUUGUUUAACAUUGCCUUCUUCAAAAUCACGUUCAGCUCUAUAUCAAAGAUUAUAAGAGCCCUUGAAGCAUUUUAGGGAUAUUUUUUGGUAAUCUAUUCGCAUUCUUCUUUGUACAGCUUUUGAACUUUAUAAUGAUAUAAUGAUGAUUUGAUAAAGAGAUAUAUCAUUAGUCCUUUUUGUAAAUUGACUAGUCUUAUUAUUGUAAAUAUAAACCAGUUGCCGGAUGCACAGAAACAAAAAAAUUCGCGAAGGAGACAACUGGUCGGGAUAACGGCCCGGGCACCAAAUUUCGCUACGGAUAAAACUGAGGAAGAACGAAGAUCUUUUUUGACAAGUUGUCGCUAAGUGAUUUACAGAAACUUGAUAUUAUGAAGUGGAGUUCUUUCCAUGUUACGUAAGAAAUGUUUUACGCGAAGUAUACAUAGAAUAUAUUAUAGAAACACUCGGAAAGGGUUCARUUGUAAAAUUAACGCAAGCUGGUUCGAGUAUAUUUUCAAAUAAGCUUUUCUAAGGACCUGGAAGCUCUUAAAAAUAUUUGGAAACCAAUUUAAAAAUAUGCUGYAUGAAAGCUAUUAAAACGACAACUCAUAUACGUUUAAAUAUUCUGUAAGGAAUUAUAGUUAGUCAACUACUUCGCGGAGAAAGCGAAACCACUUUUUCUUUUGUAAAGAUUUACACUUGAUAUGUAAUCAAAAAUAGAUAUUUUGUAAAUAAAAUGCGGAGUCGACUUUCAAAUAAUACGUUGACAUGUUUGACUUAAUAUUUGCAUAU